AUGGAGGGCCAAGCGCGAGCAAAAUCAGUAGAACUCCUGUAUAUAAAUACCACGGUGCAUUGCAAUUUUUUGUCUGCUCUAAUCUUUCCGUCUCCCUUCUUCAUCAUCUUUCUUAAAGAUGCCGAUAUUUUGUAUCUUUUACCAUUUGUUUUCACCUCGACUGUGAUAUUUUUGUUGAUUCAAUAUUUGUGGAAAAAGAGGAGGAAUGGAUAUGCAGAAUCGGAACAAAAUGAGCUGCCAGUCGUAAAUGGUCAACCGCCGCCGCCGCCACCAUCAUCACCAACUUCAACUCGAUCCCAGAAGACAAAAGGGAGGAUGGAUGAAAUAGUCGUCGAUAUUUACAUCGAACAAGAAGGUAGAGAUCAUGAAUGCUCUAUCUGUCUAUCUGAAUUCAAAGACCAAGAAUUGUUCCAGUGUCUUCCGGCAUGCAACCACGAAUUUCACUUCGAAUGCAUCAAAACAUGGUUGGAUAUUAGUCAAACCUGCCCAUUGUACCGCCGGAGUACUGUCAUUGAACCAUGA